AUGAUGGUUGUUGAGGAGAUGGAUGUUUCUGAACCUCAAAAUGAACCUAAAAUUGAUAAAGAUGAUGAUGACUACAUUGAUCCUUCAGAAAAAGAGACAGUUAAAAAUAAAACCUCUUCCGGGUUAAGCGAUAUUCCAUCUGACUCAUAUAAAAGAUUUGAAGAUCUUCUACGUAAAACAGAAUCUUUUUCAAAAAAUCUUGAUGUUGGAACUUCUUUAACCCCUUCUAAAAAAACAAAGACAAAAGUUGGUGAUAAUCGUCAUAGAAAGACAGAGAAAGAGGAAGAUGAGGAACUUUUGGCUGCAGAAGAACAAAGUAACUCUGUUUUUAUGUUUACACAAUCACCACCAUUUAUUCAUGGAACUUUAAGAGAUUACCAAAUUAGGGGAGUUAAUUGGUUAAUAAAUCUUCAUCAUAAUGGUAUUAAUGGAAUUUUAGCCGAUGAAAUGGGUCUUGGUAAAACUUUACAGACUAUAUCAUUACUUGGAUAUAUGAAACAUUUUAAAAAAAUUAAUGGACCAUUUCUUGUAAUUGUACCAAAAUCAACAUUACAAAAUUGGAUAAAUGAAAUAAAUAGAUGGUGUCCAACACUAAGAGCAGUUUCUUUGAUUGGUGAUGAAGCUACAAGAAAUACUAUAAUUAAAGAACAAAUUUUAACUAAUGAAUUUGAUAUUGUUGCAACAUCCUAUGAAAUGGUCUUGAAAACAAUUAUUGAUGAAGCUCAUAGAAUUAAAAAUGAAAAAUCAAAACUUUCAGAAAUGGUUAGACAGUUAAAAUCAGUUAAUAGAUUACUUAUUACUGGAACACCAUUGCAAAAUAAUUUACAUGAAUUAUGGGCAUUGCUUAAUUUCUUACUACCCGAUUUAUUUGGUAAUUCAGAGGAUUUUGAUUCCUGGUUUUCAAAUGAAAGUUGUCUUGGAAAUAAUGAAGAAAUUGUUAAAAGACUUCAUAAGGUUCUUCAACCAUUUUUACUAAGAAGAUUAAAAAGUGAUGUAGAAAAAAGUUUACUUCCUAAAAAAGAACUUAAAGUAUAUGUUGGUUUGUCAAAUAUGCAAAGAGAAUGGUAUACUAAAAUUUUAAUGAAAGAAUUAGAUAUUAUAAAUGGAGCUGGAAAAGUUGAAAAAACUAGAAUGAUGAAUAUUUUGAUGCAUUUAAGAAAAUGUUGUAAUCAUCCUUAUCUAUUUGAUGGAGCUGAACCUGGUCCUCCAUAUACUACAGAUAAGCAUCUUGUAGAUAACAGUGGGAAAAUGGUUUUACUUGAUAAAUUAUUGGCCAAAUUAAAAGACCAAGGUUCUCGAGUGCUGAUUUUCUCUCAAAUGUCACGUAUGUUAGAUUUACUGGAAGACUAUUGUUGGUGGAGAGGAUACCAGUAUUGUCGUUUGGAUGGUCAAACUUCUCAUGAUGAUCGUCAACGUUCUAUUGAUGAAUAUAAUGCUCCUGGUUCUGAGAAAUUUAUCUUUAUGCUUACAACAAGAGCAGGAGGUUUAGGAAUUAAUUUAACAACAGCUGAUGUUGUAAUUAUUUACGAUUCAGAUUGGAAUCCUCAAAUGGAUCUUCAAGCUAUGGAUAGAGCUCACCGUAUUGGACAGAAAAAACAAGUACGUGUUUUCAGACUUAUAACUGAAGAUACUGUUGAUGAAAGAAUUAUAGAAAAAGCUGAAAUGAAACUUUAUUUGGACAAUAUUGUAAUACAACAAGGAAGGUUGGCUGAAGCGCAAAAGACACUAGGUAAAGAUGAGAUGCUUAGUAUGAUUAGACAUGGAGCUGAUGCUGUUAUUGCAAGUAAAGAUGCUACAGUCACUGAUGAUGACAUUGAUACAAUACUAGCUAAAGCUGAAGAAAAAACUGAACAAUUAAAUAAUAAAUUAAAACAAUUUGGAGAGAGUAGUUUAAGAAAUAUGACUUUUGAUACAGAAGAAGGGAAAGAGGAUAAUAAGAAGUUUAAUGUAUAUUCAUUUGAAGGUGAGGAUUAUAAAGAGAAACAAAAACAAAAAUCAGGAUUACCUGAAUUUUGGAUUGAACCUCCAAAACGUGAAAGAAAACAAUGUUAUGAAUUAGAUAAAAUUUUCAAUGAUAAUAAAAAAACAAAGAAAUCUAAUAAACCACCUAGAUCAAAAAAUCAACCUGAUAUUAAAGAAUUUCAAUUUUAUCCAAAAAGAUGUUAUCAACUUGUUGAAAAAGAAAAUUUAUACUAUAGAAAAACAAUUGAUUGGAAAGUACCCUUACCAACAAAUAUAUCAAAUCCAAGAGAAGCUUUAAAAAAACAAAAAGCUGAACAAAAGAAAAUAGAUAAUGCUAAACCCCUUACUAAAUCUGAACAAGCAGAGAAAGAACGUCUUUUACAGGAAGGAUUUCCAGCAUGGACUAAGGGAGAAUUUCUUGCUUUUGUUAGAGGAUGUGAAAAGUAUGGAAGAAAGGACAUACAAAGUAUAUCACAGGAUAUUCCAUCAAAAACUUUUAAAGAAGUUGAAGAUUAUAGUAAAACUUUUUGGGUUAAAGUACAUUUAUUAAAAGAUAAAGAUAAGAUAUUGAGUAAUGUUAAGAAAGGAGAAAAUAGAUUGAAGAAAACAAAAGGUGUUCAAAAAGCUAUUGAUAAAGCAAUAAAUGAUAGUGUACAACCACUAGAACAGUUAAACUUAUUUUCAGCUGGUCACAGGCAAAAAUUAUUUUUACCUGAAGAUGAUAGAUUUUUAUUGGUGCAAAUGUCUGAAUUAGGAUGGCAUAAUGAUGCAGCAGCUGAAUUGAUUUGUGAAAAAAUUCGUACAAUACCUAGAUAUAGAUUAGAUUUUAGAAUGUUAUCAAGAACUCCUGAAGACAUAAAAGUUCGUGUAAAUCAACUUCUUAGUGUUAUGGAACGAAAUAUGAAUAAAAAGGCAGAAUGGGUGAAAUUCAAGGAUAUUGCCAAACAAUGUGAAAAGCACUAUGAAGAAAUUAAAGGAUAA